CCGAGGGCCGUUGUUAGCGGUGUGGUAUUUUGGGUGGACUCUGACCUCUCUCUCUUUCCGUGUCCCAUUCCUCCCCCGCCUCCGCCCUUGGAAUCUCUGCCGUCCCGGGCCGAUAACCCCACCUGUGCCCGCCGCACGGCUCUUCCUCAUGCAGCCCGGAGGGGCCCGGCAUCCCCGCUGUCAGUCAACCCGGCGGGGCCCCGACGCCAUGGCCUCCCAGCUCCUCUUCCGGGCCCUGGUGUCGGCUAAGUGGGUGGCGGAGGCCUUGAGGUCUCCCGGGACGGGGCAGCGGGUGCAGCUGCUGGACGCCUCCUGGUACCUGCCGAAGCUGAAGCGCGACCCCCAGAAGGAGUUCGAGGACCGGCACAUCCCCGGCGCGGCCUUCUUCGACAUCGACCUGUGCAGCGACCGGACCUCUCCUUACGACCACAUGCUGCCCACCGCCCAGAGCUUCGCCGAGUACGCGGGCAAGCUGGGCGUGGGCGGAGACACGCACGUGGUGGUGUACGACGCCAGCGAGCAGGGCCUCUUCUCCGCCCCGAGGGUCUGGUGGAUGUUCCGGGCCUUCGGGCACCGGGCCGUCUCCCUGUUGGACGGCGGGCUGCGGAACUGGCAGCGAGAGGGGCGCCCGCUGGGCUCGGGCCGGGGCCGCCCGGUGCCCGCCGAGUUCCACGCCACCCUGGACCCCGCGUUCGUGAAGAGCUACGAGGACAUCAAGGAGAACGUGGAAUCUCGCCAGUUCCAGGUGGUGGAUGCCCGGGCCUCGGGGCGGUUCAGGGGGACGGAGGCGGAGCCCCGAGAAGGGAUAGAACCGGGCCACAUCCCCGGCAGCCUCAACAUGCCCUUCACGGACUUCCUCACGGAGCAGGGCCUGGAGAAGAGCCCAGAGGAGCUCCGCGGCCUGUUCCGGGAGAAGAAGGUGGACCUCUCCCAGCCGCUGGUGGCCACCUGCGGCUCGGGGGUGACCGCCUGCCACGUGGCCCUGGCCGCCUACCUGUGCGGGAAGCCGGACGUGGCCAUCUACGACGGGGCCUGGGUGGAGUGGUUCAUGCGGGCCCGGCCCGAAGACGUGGUCUCGGAGGGCAGGGGCAAGACCCUCUGAGGGUGGGGGUCAGCUGGGCUGGGUUUUCAAAUUCUCUUCUUCUGCAAGGCCAAAGCUUUGGAUUCCAGUCCUUUGCCUUCCGACUGCGGCAUUCUCCCCCACUGCCUGGGACCACUACCUUCCAUCCUCAGGAUAAUCAGUCAAUCAAUCGUAUUUAUUGAGAGCUUACUGUGUGCAGAGCACUGGACUAAGCGCUUGGGAAGUACA